AUGGAGGAGGAGAGAACUGGAGAAUCAACAAGGCAGGACGAGCCGCCUGUAACCGAGAUAUUCUCCGGCGACGACGACGGGUCGGGCAUGGCAGCAGAUCAAUGGAAUAAAGAUGUUCCACUUGCUCUGAUGGUCCUGGGCGAGAUGCUUACAAUGGAGCUGAAAGAUGUCCGGAUUCGAGGGUGGCGUAUCGAUGAGAGCAGGGGCUGGGGUCAGAACAGUACAAUCCUGAACAUUAUGCGAGAACGAUGGAGCCCAGACACGGUCCGAAUGCUUCAGAGGUCACUCCACAGCCAUAAAACCGCGCAAUUAUAUGCUCUGCGCUUGACAGGUCCCGUGUCAUCGCAACCAUCUACUCUAAGCUUAGGUUCCAAUGGCAAAGGAUAUGAACAGGCACACAGUGACACCUGCAAUCUUGGAGAUAAUGAAGAGUUUGUGGGGCUGGAUCAAGAUAAACUGGCAGACAUCAUCGAACGAGGCAGAAUACCGCUGGCAAAAUACAAUGCUUCCACGGGCCGAAUCAAAAUUCUUGAAUUUGAACCUGGGACAAGGUAUGUCAUCAUCUCUCAUGUUUGGGCGAAUGGCUAUGGCAACCCCAACGAGAAAAAAAUCCGUAAAUGCGUGCUCGAUCUUUUUAACCAGUUAAUUCUCGAUGCUCAGCAAAUACUCCGACGGAAUGAUCCGGAUCCUGAACUUCCAUUCUGGAUAGACGCCUUGACAAUCCCUGUCAAUAAUCCUAUUCAGCGAAAGAGAGCAAUCAAAACAAUGCAUUAUGCAUACACCAACGCAAACUUCAUGGUAGUUCUCGACUCGGGACUUGCAAAAAUAGCAGCUGGCAGGUCUUAUGCAGGAACAGCAAUGAGAAUCUUCACGAGUCGUUGGAUGGGCAGGCUCUGGACUCUACAAGAGGCGUACCUCAGCAAAAAGCUGAUCUUUCGAUUCAGCAACAAUGAGCUUGUGGAUAUGGAUCAACUGGAGGCUAACUUCCUUACAAGUCACACCCUCGGACAUUCGAUGGUUGCGGGAAAAGCUCGCAAGUACUUUGACCGUUUGCUUGGGUGGCAAAGGCAGAAAAGGAUAUACGGCGUUCCCGUGUAUGACAGUGUCUUACUUGCCUCAGUCUGGGAAGCUGUGCAAUGGCGCACAACAAGCUUUGUUGUUCACGAGACGCAAGCCCUGGCUACCCUGUUCGAGGUUGAAGUUGACUUUCCCGAUGACUUCGAUCACGCCUCCUGCGGUUUGAAGUGCGGUGAGUGGCUGGACGGUGAAUGCCGGGUCAAUCUCGACAUGAGAAUGAAAUGCUUCUUGGAAUCGCUGUAUGAUGCCUACCCAGGCUCCAUUCCUCCUGGCAUCAUCUUCGUGCCUGGUAGGAGACUGGCCGUUGAGGGCUUUGGGUGGGCUCUCUGUAGUUGGAUGGUUGGGCAAAAUGUCGGCCAUGACGAUCCCAUCUUCAGUCACAAAACUGCAGCCGAGUUGACUUUGGAUGGGUUACUUGUUCGGUACUCAGGCUUUCGUCUUCGAUCAUCCGGGAACCGCAUGUACGAUGCUGCAGAGAACAAAUUCGCCUUCCCCUGCGACAUUCUUCUUCUUGAGUGGUACUGCGUUCAGUCCUGCGACGGCAAGACAAUGUCUAUACCAAAGGGGGAUGGGCACGCUAUUAUUUCAUCAAGAGAAGAGGUCAGAGAGGACAAAUCGAUAGCUCUUCUUGUUUCAGUGAAAAAGACACUCAGGCCCAAGCUUUACGUCGAGAUUCUGCAGCGAAUCUGGAUAUGGAGAGAGACAGAUCAAGCCAAGAUUGAGGUACUUAGGAGGUCAUUCUGGGAGAAUAAGAUUAAUGUGUGUGAAUAUGGAGAGGUCUUAAAUAGUGAUCAGCAGUGGUGUAUAGGAAAGCAAAAGUGGGAUAAUAUAAGGCAUAGAGAAAGUGUCUAUACUGUUAGUAUUUAA